GGAAAAAAAGAGGGAACAUUAGGGUUCAGCAUUUCUCUGUAUCUAUAAAAGGAUUACUCCCUCAGCCUCCUUCACUUCCCCCGGUUUGUCUUUUUAGCUUUCUCUCCUCCGAAGUGAAGACGCCGCCUCCAUGGUUCACGUCAGUUUCUACCGCAACUAUGGGAAGACAUUUAAGAAGCCAAGACGUCCGUACGAGAAGGAACGUUUGGAUGCUGAGUUGAGGCUUGUAGGAGAGUAUGGUCUCCGAUGUAAGAGGGAGUUGUGGAGGGUUCAGUAUGCCUUGAGCCGUAUCAGAAAUGCUGCUAGGGAACUUCUCACUCUUGAUGAGAAGAACCCUCGUCGUAUUUUCGAAGGUGAAGCACUUCUGCGUAGGAUGAACAGGUAUGGGCUUUUGGAUGAGAGCCAGAACAAGCUCGAUUAUGUCUUGGCUUUGACUGUUGAGAACUUCCUUGAACGCCGCCUGCAGACCCUUGUGUUCAAGUCUGGUAUGGCAAAGUCGAUUCAUCAUGCUCGUGUGUUGAUCAGGCAAAGGCAUAUCAGGGUUGGGAGGCAGGUGGUUAACAUCCCAUCCUUCAUGGUGAGGGUUGACUCCCAGAAACAUAUCGACUUCUCUUUGACAAGUCCGUUUGGAGGUGGCCGCCCCGGAAGAGUGAAGAGGAAGAACCAGAGAGCAGCUGCCAAGAAGGCUGCUGGUGGAGAUGGCGAUGAAGAGGAAGAUGAGUAAACCAUGUGCUUCUGCCACCAUUAGGACACCCUUAAAAAUGCCCUUGCUUUUAAAACUUAACAUUUCCUCCGUUGUUAGACAUGGUUUGUGUUCUGUUUCAGGACCUUUAAUGUAGUGGAUGUUUGUAUUUGUGGUCUUGGAUUUGAUGUUAAAUUGAGCAAUUUUUUUGUUUUGAGAUUAA